AGUCAGAGAGAGGGGGGGAGAGACAGAGAGGAAGCGCUUGUGCUAGUCGACACAGAGUUGAGCGCGCGCGGGUUCAUAGCUACACCCUGUCCGGUUUAACAGGAGAGAAUGGAAAUGUUUCAUGUGAAAAUGUCCUAAAGGUUUUACUAAAAGUCGCCUUUACACCACGUCUCAUAUGGCAAAUCGUGACAAGAAUAAAAAGAUUCUUCUGGAACUGGUGAAGCUGCCGGAGAACAGUAGCUGUGCUGACUGCAGCGCUGCAGACCCGGACUGGGCUUCAUACACUCUCGGCAUAUUUGUUUGCCUGAACUGCUCUGGAACUCAUCGCAAUUUAUCAAGCAUUAGCCGGAUAAAAUCCAUCCGCUUAGACUUCUGGGAUGACGAGCUUGUGCAGGUCAUGAAAGCCUGUGGAAACCGAGCUGCCAAGGAUGUCUUCGAGAAAUUUGUCCCCGUCUUCUAUUAUCAGCCACAGCAAGAUGACUGUGAUGUUCUAAGGGAGCAGUGGAUCAGAGCCAAGUAUGAAAGACAAGAGUUUACAGAGCAAAAUAAACUUAGAGCCUACUCAUCAGGCGUAUAUGAAGGAGUGCUGUGGAAGAAGGGGAAGGACAACGGACAGUUUCUCAAGAGGAAGUUUGUUUUAUCCGAGCAAGACUUCACUCUAAAAUAUUAUAAGGAGGAUGAAUCUAAAGGGCCAAAGGCUGUUAUCUCUGUACAAAGUCUGAAUGCAACCUUUCAGCCACAGAAGAUCGGACAUGCUCACGGCCUUCAGAUUACUUAUUCAGUGGAUGAUCACACCCGAAACCUCUUUGUUUACCACGAAAGUGGUCAGGAAAUUGUGAAUUGGUUCAAUGCUAUAAGAGCUACACGGCUUGCCUACUUGAAGACAGCAUUUCCUACAGCCAGUAAUGGCGAGCUGCUGCCAUGGACUACCAGAAAUUACCUUAAAGAGGGUUACAUGGAAAAAACUGGACCUUCGCAACGAGAGCCAUUCAAGAAGAGAUGGUUCAUCUUGGAUGGUCUAGACAGAAAACUACUCUAUUUUAAAACUGAGCUGGAUGCUGUGGAGCUUGGGGUCAUUUUCAUUGGGACAGAGAAUCAUGGGUACUCAGUGAGUGAGUGUAUGCCUAAGGGGACCAGAGGAAAUAAAUGGAAGUGUGGGAUGGCAGUGGAGACCCCAGACCGUCAGUUCGUCUUCAUGUGUGAGCAGGAGCGGGAGCGAAAGGAGUGGGUGGAUGCUCUGAGACAGGUCAUCUCAAAGCCAAUGCUUCCUCAGGAUUACACCACAGAGGCCAAUAUCCGCAGACGAAAAUGAUCCGGGAACAUCAUAAAGGACAGACGUGUGUUUGGAUUGUAGCACAGCUGGAUUGUAGCACAAUAUAUGAAAUAUUUCAUCUAAAGUAUGCUCUUUAAAAAAAAAAAAAAAAAAGUGAAUACAACACUCAAGGGUACUUUGAAUGAUGAAUGAGUUUCACUUUCUAAAGGGGUUCUACAUGAACCUACCUCUACAUAGAACCUACAGGGUUUCCCCAGAGGGACAAGAUCACAAGACUCCAGAGUGUAGACACUGAAGGUGCUUUCACAUAUGCAGUGUUUAGUCCAUUUGAAUUGAACUCUGGUGUGUUUUCCUCUUUGGUGCUGUUUGUUUGUGCAGGUGAGAACACCGCAAUCACUCUCGAAUGUGGACCAAAACAGCUGAUCUGAGAUCUGGUCUGAUUGAGGUACUCUCUGUCUGGUUCCAAGUAAACUCUAGCGUGAUCUGAUUGCAGUGAGAAAAUGAUUCUACCCUGAAAAGGCCCUAUUCCACUGAACCUGGAAGUAAACGCUCUGUAUUAUUGUUUACGGGCUGCAUUUUUGUAGAUGCGAGCCGCUAAACGGACGUGCAGGGCAGAGCUGUAGCACGGCAGAAAUGAGAUAUUUGGACUGAUGAACAAAAAGAGAAAAUACAAACGGUGGGGGCUUACAUAAAAAUGUUUCAAACUAGUUAUUUCUAUAAUUAUCUAGUAAUUUAUUGAGCGCUGGCGCCCUGGUCUCUGUAAUCGCAUCCCAGACACCACCCUCCUGCUACAGACUCCCACAAAACCAUUACACCCACCUGCUACAACUCUAUCAUCUGAAAAUAUUUGACUGAAUUGAGGUCGGUUUGUAUGUUUGAUAGAAAUAUCUGGGUUUUUCCUUGAUAGUGAAACACAAUAAGACAUGUCUUUUAUGGAUAAGUCAGAUGAUUGACUGCGUGACUUUCUGAAACAAGCAAAUAUAUUUUGGGGUUUUUUAAAAUACUUUUUUGUUAAGCAAUUAUAACAAUUAUAUUAAUAAAACUUUUUUUCUAAGAAAUAAACGUGGUCUGUAAUUCAAU